AUGUCUUCUAAUAUCAUAAGCUUCGAAGGAAAUUAUUCCGAGUUAGUAGAAGCAAUCAAAUCAAAAACAGGUCUAGUAGUAAUCAACUUCUUUGCAACAUGGUGCGAACCUUGCAAAAAAUUAGGAAUGCAAUUACCGAAAAUUGCGCAGGAAAACUCCAAUGUUACAUUCUUUAAAGUCGAUAUUGAUUCGAAUGAACAAAUUGCCAAGAUGUACAACAUUAUUCAUAUCCCACAACUCUCUUUUAUGCGUGUUGAAGGGAAGACAAUUAAUGAUUUAGAUACUAUUCUCGGGUUCGAUGUGAAUAAGAUCAACAAUGGCCUUUCCCGUUACAGAUAA